UGUGUAGUAUCCACCACCACCACCACCAUCAAGUGUCAUUUUCAAACAAACCCUUCACUUCAUACUACUCAUACCUUGUCAUUUCUUCCCAUCUCUCCCUCAAAACCCUUUGAUCAAUCACCAAAUCUGAAGAAAACCCAGGAAUUCUCCGCAUCUCUUCUUCUUCACCAACAUAAAACCUAAUCCUUUCCUGGGAAUAUAUAGUUGCUGCUAAGGUUUAAAGUUGGAAUCACGAGCACUGUCAAGGGUUGGAGGAGGAAGAAGAAAGGGGAGUAAAUAUGGAGCUUUUCCCAGAUUUGUCCUUGCAAAUCAGCCCACCCAACAGCAAACCUACAUCUACGUGUAGGACGACGACGGAGGAAGAUAUGGAUUUGGGUUUCUGGAAGAGAUCUCUUGACUCAAGGAACUCUAUGUCUUCAAUGGCGAAACCUGAUAACUUUUUCGACCUAUCUUUGUCUAAUCCGAGGAUUUCAGAGUCGAACUCCAACCAUCUUCAGCUUCUUCAAAAUGGAAACACCAAUUGUAAUGGUAAUCUUUUUCAUGGUUAUCAUCAAAACCAUUUCCCUUACCAUCAUCACAAGCAUCUGCAACAUCCGGUACUGUAUCAGCAGCGGCAACAGCAGCAGCAGCAGCUGCAAGGGCUGGGACAGGAGCUUGGUUUCUUGAGACCCAUAAGGGGAAUUCCCGUCUACCAAAACCCUCCUCCUCCUCCUUUCCCAUUUGCUCAACAGCCUUUGGAGUCAUGUCCUUCUUCUUUGGCUUGUAAUAGCAUUAACGCCAGCAGCACGAGCUUGAGCCCCUUUCAGUCACAAGGGUUGAUGAGAUCAAGGUUCAUGUCGAGGUUUCCGACCAAACGAAGCAUGAGAGCUCCAAGGAUGAGGUGGACUACUACACUCCAUGCUCGCUUUGUUCAUGCUGUCGAGUUAUUGGGUGGUCACGAAAGAGCUACACCCAAAUCAGUUCUUGAGCUAAUGGAUGUCAAAGAUCUAACCUUAGCACAUGUUAAAUCCCAUCUACAGAUGUAUCGAACUGUGAAGACAACAGACAGAACAGCUGCAACUUCCGGACAAUCAGAUGAAUUUGAGAACGGGUCGUCUGGGGAUACUUCAGAAGAUUUGAUGAUCGACAUUCAGAACCCAAGGAGAUCGGAGAUAUCAGUUCAGCAAGGAAGAUCAUCGUCAUCAUCAAAUGCUCAUCAAGACAAAGAAUACCAUGGUCUGUGGAGCAACUCAUCAAGGGAAGCUUGGCUGCAUGGGAAACCCAAGGAUUCUGCUGGGAACGUACCCUCUCUCCAGAAGGAUAUAGAUCCAAAGUGCUUAAGCCAUGAGAGACUAUCAGAUGUAAGCUCAUCAAGCCUAUCAGGGACAAGCCCCAAGAGGCCUAAUUUGGAGUUCACCUUGGGGGUACUGCCACACUGAUAUAAAAAAAUGUUGAAGGAAAAUGGAUUUAUAUAUAAAAAGAAAUUAUUUUUUAUAUCUCUGUGUGUGUACACUGCUACUCAUUUUGAAAUGAUUAUAUAUCUCUGAAGAGGGAAGUGAAGUCAGCAGCGAAAGAAGAAGACAAGAACAUGACUGAAAGCAGCAAAAAAAGAACCCUAAGCCCCAAAAGAAAGAAAGCCUCUGAGCCUGAGAGAUUCAAAUCAACAGAUUAUGUUAGUAAGUAAAUAUGAUCAGUCAAUCUAAUUGAUUCUGCAGCUUGAGACAGAGUGAGUGACCAUUUUAACUAUCUUUUGAAGUAUGAAGUGAUCCCUUGGUAAUUGUAAUGGACCACUUUACAUUCUACAAAUAUAUAUAUUUUUUAG